UAGAGACACUCAAGAGAGAGAAAGAGAGAGUGUGACGGUGAGAGAGAGAGAGACACACACACGAGCUUUGGCUUUUAGCCUUUGCAACCUCUUACUAGUUAUAUUGUGUCAAUUUCAUUCAUCAAAAUGGCUUCAACCCUUUUGAGAAGGGCACUCUUGAGUGCUCGCUUGAUUCACCCUUCCGCCACUUUCCCACCUCAAACGUCACAGAUUCUCUCUUCCUUAUCCACUGUGCAGAAGCGGCUGCUAUUUAACGGAACUGUGAAACCCUAUACAGUUCAUAACCCAAAAACAACUGGUUGGAUUCGUUGUAUGGCUUUCUCCGCAGAAGCAAAAUCCACAAGAUCUGUAUCAACAAAUGAACCAGUUGUUUCUGUCGAUUGGCUUUAUGAUAACCUUAAGGAUCCUUAUGUGAAGGUGUUGGAUGCAUCGUGGUACAUGCCGGAUGAACAGAGGAACCCAAUCCAAGAAUAUCAGGUUGCUCAUAUUCCUGGGGCCCUUUUCUUUGAUGUUGAUGGAAUAUCAGAUCAAACUACAAAAUUGCCACACAUGUUGCCGUCAGAGGAAGCUUUUGCUGCCGCUGUUUCUGCUCUUGGCAUAGAGAACAAAGAUGAUUUGGUUGUUUAUGAUGGAAAAGGACUAUUUAGUGCUGCUCGUGUUUGGUGGAUGUUCCGGGUAUUUGGCCACAAUAGGAUUUGGGUUUUAGAUGGUGGCUUGCCAAGAUGGCGUGCAUCGGGUUACGAUGUUGAAUCCAGCGCCUCUAGUGAUGCUAUCCUUAAGGCUAGCGCUGCUAGUGAGGCUAUUGAAAAAGUGUAUCAUGGGCAAGCAGUUGGCCCAAUCACUUUCCAAACAAAGUUUCAGCCUCAUCUUGUGUGGACACUUGAUCAGGUUAAGAGAAAUGUUGAAGAAAAGAGUCACCAACACAUUGAUGCUCGAUCACAGGCCAGGUUUGAUGGAGCUGCACCAGAACCGAGAAAGGGAAUCCGAAGUGGUCAUGUACCUGGCAGCAAGUGCAUUCCAUUUCCCCAGUUGCUAGAUGGUUCACAAGCAUUGUUACCAGCAGAUGAACUUAAGAAGCGAUUUGAACAAGCUGGCAUCUCAUUGGAAAGCCCUAUCAUUACUUCUUGUGGAACAGGCGUAACUGCUUGCAUUCUCGCAUUGGGUCUUCACCGACUCGGAAAAAUUGAUGUUCCGGUUUACGAUGGAUCUUGGACAGAAUGGGGAGCAAACCCUGAUACUCCUGUUGAAACCUCAUCUUAAGACUCAAAUAUAUAGUUUAGAUUACCAUGGCACCUUGUACAACUAUAGUUUCUUAACAAAAGUCUCAGUUCUCAAACAUGUUGAGCACACCGUUUUUCAUUCACUAGAUUGAUUGCAUGUGUUUAUGGCAAACAUUAAUUUAUGUGAAAAUAAUGGUAGGGUUAUUCUAAGGUAUAGAUAUUUUAUGCUGUUGUAUAA